CCCAACAACCAACCACUUGGGCUGUACCAGAGAUGGCCCAACCACCAACUGCAUCCCAACCACCAACCACGAAGAACAACAACAACUCAUCCGAACUACUCCGUCGGAUCCGCACCACCACUCAAAAACUAUUCCCGCCGGAGCGUCGAUCGUUUAUCACUGACACCACCAGUGCAAGCAAGAAGAGGGCCAUCAUCUCAAUCGCACUCCGGAAAGGCUUGUUCGUCUUCUUCUCCGUACAUGGCGUCCUUAGUACUGCCUUGUUGGCCUUGGCUUUGGUGCGCACCGGAAGGGCCAAACAUCCUCACUCUCACUCGGUCCAUCGGCCCGGCCCACAACGAGCAGCAUGGAGCAGAGUGAUCCAGGUGUUCUUACAGACCUUCCGGUCGGCCUCGACGGCGAGAUUGGCCAGUUGGCUCGGAUUGUACUCCGCCCUCUGGACACUCACCUACUCCUUCCUCCGCAAAUCCCACCAUCAAUAUGCCCAGUGGAACCCGUUCAUCGCCGGCUCGCUCUGCGGGGUCUCCUUCUUUGCUCAGCCUAAAGCCGAUCGCAAGGAGAUCGCGCCUAAUGUCCUGUGUAGAGGGAUUUAUUCGAUGCUUAUGUGCUACCCAUUGUGUGAUUUCAAACAUGCAGACAUGUUACUGUUUGCGCUGUCGAAUGCGCAGAUAGCGAUAGGCUAUCUACUGUACCCCAGCAGUCUGCCGUCCUGGUAUGUGCAUUGGGUGUCUCGAGUGGGGGAGUUGAAUGGACGAUAUGUGGACCUGAAUCGACGGCUGGACCGAUCGAUGAUGAUCGGCUCGACGAGCAAUCUUGCCCAAGAGUACCAUCGGCUGAUCAACAGAGACUCGCAGCCUCGCACCUGGCUCAACGAGACUCGGAUCCAGACCUGGCUCAAUCAGCCCCUUCCUGCCCAUCGCCCAGGCGCCCCCUGCGCCUUGAAUCACUUCCGUCAUGAUAGUUGUCUCGCCUUCAACCUCCACCAACUCUUCCGAACUAUCCUCAAAAUGGCCCCCACUUAUGCCAUCCUUCAUCUCGUACCCGCCCUCAUCUUCCGCUCCAAAGUGUUGCUCAAAUCACCUGUUGUCUUUAUGAGUUCGAUCGCCAAGAAAACGGUCUCCAGUGCGCUCUUCAUCGGCACCUUCGUCUCCGUCGUCCAGAACUGCUUUUGUCUUCCUAGUCAACUCUACGAACGCUUUGGGAUCGUCGUCCGAGGCGCCCCGUUCUACGGAUUGAUGGGCUUCUGUACGGGGGUCUCGUUGUUAUGGGAGGAACCUAAACGAAGGGGCGAGUUAGCGUUAUACUGUGCGCCGAAAGCAUUAUACUCCUUAUGGACGGUGCUGAAAGCCAAGCGAUGGGUGCCGGGCGAGGUGCCGAUGGGCGACAUCCUAGUCAGCUCGAUCGGAUGCGGGAUGUUGAUGCACUGUUUUGUGAACCGCAAGGAACGGAUGCCCGGCCUGGCCCGCGGGAUCAUCAGCCAGAUCGUCGACCCCCAUUGGCCCGACCGGACUCGAAAACAAUCCCCGCUCGUCGGCAAGCAGACUCAUGUCGAUCCGAAGCAGCCUCACCUUCUUUCCGAGCCUUAGCCUUUCGUCCGCUCUGAUCCUUCCUCUCCAUCGCUUCUCAUUCUCUGGCUUCUUCGUUCCAUCACCCCCCCCCCCCCACAUCCAUUACGUCGCGUCGCUGUUUUUUUUGUCUCUUGAAAUACUCGCCUAGUUCAAUCCCCCCCCCCAAAAAAAAUCGUUUUUUUCAAUUGUUUCAUGCCUACAUAUUAUCAUAUAUAGUCGAGUACCUGUUCAAUAGAUCUGCAUUGUUUUUGGUUGUUUGUUUAUACUAGAAUCGUACGUUUUUUUCUUUUCUUUUCUUUCAUCUUCAUUUUCAUUUUUUUUU